GCACAGGUAGCUGGGCAGUAUUAAGUCUUAACCUUAUACUAAAGCCUGAACAGGGGCCUAACAUGCGCCAGGAGGUUUAGUCCAACCCAGUGAGAGUCAUCCUACCCGCCGAACCAGGACACCGGUAUGUACCCCAACUCCGAGUCGGUGAGACAACCGGCUCAGACGCUGUCAGUGAACGGUCAGUACAUUCCGCCGCCCGCCUAUGACUUUACUGGUUAUCACCAUCACGUCUCGGGAGUCGUUGACCCAUCGACGACCACCUGGAACCCCAUUUUUACUCCUCGAGAGGAAUAUCUGUACAACUUCCCGGGGUCAAGCCCCGGGCAGGUCAGCUUCACCUCCCCGGAGCUGAGCAGCAUACAUUCAGCCGCUGGAGGAGGGUCGCUCCCAACUUACAACUUUAUCUCUGGACAGGACCCUUUCGCCAGCAGGAGGAGACCACCUGAGUCCAUCAGACAGACACUGUCAGGAGGGAAAACUCGGACUAAGGACAAGUACAGGGUGGUGUACACUGACCACCAAAGGCUGGAGCUGGAGAAAGAGUUUCAGUACAACCACUACAUCACAAUGAGGAGGAAGGCCGAGCUGUCGAUGGCGCUCAGCCUCUCAGAAAGACAGGUGAAGAUUUGGUUUCAGAAUAGACGUGCCAAAGAGAGGAAGAUCAACAGGAAAAAACUGCAGCACAGCCAGCAGGCCUCCACGACAACUCUAACCCCACCCGUGCUGGGUGGACAUGCUGAUGCCCACCUUACCACCAGUCCCAGCACCAACUCCAACAUGAUGUCUGAUAUCAAAUCAGAAGAAUACUAACUGGAUUUCAUAUAAAAGACUGAUGCAGUCUCUGAUGUGUAAAUAGUGUUUUGUUUUUUCUAAGUUGACCAUUAAUGUGUUUAAAACUGCUCCUCCUGCAUUUUACAAUGUGUACACUAAUCAAGCCUUUUUAAUACUACAAUUAAUAAAACAUUGAGACACUACUUAUUUUCAUUUUUGAGGCAUAUGUGCCAAUUUUUCAUAACUGCUUAAUGACAAGGAAACACAGUUUUUAGAAGCGUUUUGUUAUCUUUUUUUAAAUGUUGAUGGAUGCUGAGAAUGUGAUUACUUGUUAAGUAUUAACUUGUAAAAAGAAAAGAUUAUUGUAUCUCUUUCAUUGCUCAAACUACACCUAACCUCAAUAUUUCCUAAUCACAAAGUACAUUUUGCAAUUUUAGAGAUGUAUAGAAAAUAGCCCCGAUGUUUAUCUUUUGGGAAGUAAAAUUAUGCCCCAGUUUGAAGGAAAUGGAAAGUGGGUGUUAGCUGAAAAGAAAAUUGUGUAAAAAGGGGAAUUGUAAAAACUACAGAUCUAGUGGCCGAGCACACUCAAACACUUAGUCUGAAUGCUGUUUUUAAAGCUUUUUCUGUUGAAGCACAAGUUUAGAAUAUAUAAUGCCACUGAAUAUUAACCAACGCGAGUUGAGGAUUAAGAAGAGGAACAAAGCUGCUUUACAUAAGACAUAAAGCAAAUGUGCAGAAAUGUUAACAUCUUCUAAAAGAAAGAAAAUUUGAUCUGAGAGCACAUUUUGUUAAGUUGGAUUUAUUAACAGAGGUAUACCAUGACAUAACCUAAAAUGUGUUUUUUUUUUUAUUUAGCUAACAACCUUUUAUUCUAGUAAGGUAAAUGUGAUAAGAGUGUUUAAAAAUGGCCCUGGAAAAACAGAUGUCAAGAUGACAUAAUUUAGCCACAUCCUGAAAACAGAAAGAUUGCUCAACCAAAUAACACGUGAUGUUCUAUCAGUGUAGCACAGGCAUUCAGUUGUGAACCUGCAAACAUCUUUAAGUAGAAAAAGACUUUCUUUCUCUGGAGUCUCUGAGUUUUGUUAAAUGUUAAACUUUGAAAUCUUGCUGUUGUCAUUUUCUCAAGAAGAUGUUGCAAGAAAAGCUGUAAUUUAUGAAAAUAAAAUUUACUUGACCAACAAUCCGUGAAAUCAUGUUAUCAUGCGGUCAGUGUCAGUCUGUUGGGUCUCCAAAACACAUGCAAACCUCAAGUGUUUCAGGUAAAGUUAUUUUCAGACGUCUUGUUUGGACAGAAAAAUGUGGGUUACUAUUUUAAAUAAAACGGUUAUU